AAUACUAAUAUUGGCACUUUUCAGUUCAUAAAUCUCUUUAUCAAUGGUCUCUCACCUUGCCUUGUAAGCAAAGCCCAUCUCAACAAGUUGCACAUUUACACUGCACAAUAUGCACGCUUAUCGAUAAAUACCGCUCAAACAUCCUCCAACAGAUCCCACAUCCAUUCAGUUUUUUAGAAUCUAAGACACAGUCACAUACAAACACAGUCCCAUGGCAAAAGCUACAAGUCUUAUGUUUCAGCUUCAAUACUAUAACACUCUAGGACUUGCAUUACUAUCAUUAUUCUACAUCAUCUUGACUCUUCAACUCACAGAAUCAGCACCGGAUUCUGCUCUCAUAACACAACUUCCUGGCUUCACUGCCUCUUUUCCUUCUAAACACUUUUCUGGGUAUGUGACAAUUGAUGAAAGUCAUGGCAAGAAUCUCUUUUACUAUUUUGUGGUAUCUGAAAGGAACCCAUCAAAGGAUCCGCUCGUUCUUUGGCUUAAUGGUGGACCUGGUUGCUCCAGUUUUGACGGUUUCGUAUAUGAGCAUGGCCCAUUCAAUUUUGAAGCAGCAAAGACGAAGGGAGGCCUUCCCCAAUUACAACUCAAUCCCUAUAGCUGGUCAAAGGUUUCCAACAUUAUAUAUCUGGAUUCUCCUGCUGGUGUCGGAUUUUCAUACUCAAAAAAUACAACAGAUUAUAGAACUGGUGACCUAAAGACUGCCUCUGAUACACAUACAUUUCUCCUUAAGUGGUUUGAGUUGUACCCAGAGUUCCUCUCCAACCCAUUUUUUAUUAGUGGAGAAUCAUAUGCUGGAAUAUAUGUGCCAACUCUAGCUUAUGAAGUAGUAAAAGGAAUUGAUGCUGCUGUAACUCCCGUUCUGAACUUCAAGGGUUAUAUGGUGGGAAAUGGAGUUACAGAUGAAGUGAUUGAUGGAAAUGCUCUUGUCCCAUUUGCACAUGGGAUGGGUCUGAUCUCUGAUGACCUAUUUGAGGAGGCAAACAAAGAGUGCAAAGGAAACUACAAUGAGCCAGUUAAUGAAACUUGUCGGAGCAUACUUAACAAAGUUGACGAGGACAUAGGAGGUUUAAACAUAUACGACAUUCUAGAACCAUGUUUUCAUAGCACAGAUGCAAGGGACAUUACAACUGCUAACAUUAGGUUACCAUCUAGCUUCCGCCAACUAGGUGAGACUGAGAGGCCUCUAGCUGUGCGGAAAAGGAUGUUUGGUCGUGCCUGGCCCUUCAGAGCUCCUGUGAGAGAUGGAAUUGUUCCAACUUGGCCACAGAUCCUCAAUGGCAACAAUGUUCCAUGCACGGAUGAUGAGGUUGCAACUUCAUGGCUGAAUGAUGUAUCAGUUAGAAAAGCUAUUCACACUGAAGAGGGAAACGUACUGGGUAGUUGGGAGUUAUGUUCAGACAAAAUUGAAUAUUAUCAUGAUGCUGGGAGCAUGAUCAAGUACCACAGGAACCUUACUUCCAGGGGGUAUCGGGCACUUAUAUACAGUGGUGACCAUGAUAUGUGUGUUCCAUUCACUGGAAGUGAAGCAUGGACAAGAUCAAUGGGAUAUAAAAUUGUGGAUGAAUGGAGGGCUUGGACUUCCAACGGACAAGUUGCUGGGUUUACACAAGGGUAUGAGAAGAACCUCACCUUUCUAACCAUAAAGGGAGCUGGACAUACAGUCCCAGAAUAUAAACCAAGAGAGGCAUUAGAUUUGUAUAGCCGGUUUUUAUCUGGAAAACCAAUAUGAAGGAAAUAUCAAAUAUGUUAGUUAUAAUUGUAAUUGAGUGCAUGCAACAUGAGAGACAGAGAGAGGUGUCUUUCUGAUUCCUCUUCCCCUCUUGAGUGUAUAUGGCAGACUAUGGAAGAAACUUGAUUAUUAAUAUAUAAAGGAGGAGAUGAUAUAUUUAUAGUGCAAAAAGUUCAUAAAUUUGGAAAAA